GAGUUAGGUGUCUCCUGGCGUUUAUUGACAUGGUUCCACGGCCGGUGAGCCCGGUGUAAACAGCGAGUUCAACAUACCCUUCACCCGCCCUGCCCCACCUCAUCCCACCCCACCCUACCCGGGCCGGUUUGAUCCUCCCCUCUCCGCGUCUGGGACAUUCACCUUGUUUAACAUGAAUAACAGUGGGAAGUCAUACGCUGCUCCUGAUCCGGCCAUGAUGUUCGAGGAUUCGGCCCUAGACAGUCUGGAGCCGUCUCUGACCGAGAGCAGCGAGAUCGAUAGUGCACUGCUCAGUGACAUUGAUGAUAUGUUGCAGUUGAUUAGCAAUCAGGAUGGAGAUUUCCCUGAAUUGUUUGACAACACCUUUUCUAGCAGCCCUCUCCAGGAUAGCAGUUCAUCCAUCACACCUAACCAGGGGUCUCUGAACUUGACUCUUGACAGCCUGUUGGGGAGUAGUGGCAAGAAUCAAAUUCCCGCAAAAACGUAUCAGGCCUCCAGGGUCCAACAGCUUCAGCGUCCGCAGCAAUCGCAGCUCCUUCAGGGCCCCUCUCCACAACGUGUCAAGCAAGAAAAUGCUCAGAUGCAACAGAGUCAACAUCAGCAGUCUCUCAUGAUGUCACAGAGUUUUACAACCUCAACACAACUACAGCCACAGUUUGUGCAGCAACAGUCACUGGGCUUUCAGAAUUCCAAUGGAUUUACAGCACCAACACAGGCGAUGGCUACUCAGCAACUGCAGAGUCUGGCAGUUCCACAGCAGAUGCAACCUAUGACCAUUCAGACCCAGGUCCAGAAUGUUUCUGCCCAGCACCUUUUAACAACUGCAACAUCGAGUUCUUCUCCAACUGUCGCUUCACAGUUCCAGCAAGUACCAGUACUUUUCCAACCCCAGUUGCUACUCACAGCACUGAAGCCUGAUGGAAGUACUGUAGUAACAUCAGUAAAGUCUCCUACUAUAUCAACUCUAGCAAGUAGCACUUCUCCAAUUCAAACUACAUCUCUGCAAAUGCCGGCUCUGGUCAGUGGAAACACCAUUUUGACAACCGUCCCUCUGAUGGUAGAUGCAGACAAACUUCCCAUUAAUCGCAUGCCAGCGAGUGGCAAACCAUGCAAUGCACCAAACAAGGGGGAAAAACGCACAGCUCAUAAUGCUAUUGAGAAACGUUACAGGUCAUCCAUCAAUGACAAGAUUGUGGAGCUGAAAGAUCUCAUUGUUGGCACUGAAAGCAAGUUGAACAAAUCAGCAAUAUUGAGGAAAGCUGUUGAUUAUAUCCGUUUUUUACAACAAGCCAAUCAGAAAUUGAAACAGGAGAACAUGGUGCUGAGAAUGGCCACACAGAAAAACCAAUCUCUGAAAGAUCUUGUGUCAUCUAAUGGAAUAAACGUGGAUACAACCACGAAUGGACUGAAGCAGGAUCCUGACCUUCUCACACCACCACCAUCUGAUGUUGGCUCCCCACCUCAAAACAGCCCAUUUUCCGUGAGCAGCAGUGAUUCUGAAGCAGACAGCCUGUUUUUUGAUGAUACUAAGGUGUCCGUCAAACAAGAACAGACACUACCAAGCAGCGUUGGUAUGUUGGAUCGAUCCAGGAUGGUGCUGUGUACCUUUGUGUUCCUUUGCCUUUCCUUUAACCCUCUUGCAUUCUUGCUGGGUGGGACGGACAUCAUUUCUGUGGAACGCCAAGAAUACCAUGGUGCAGGCAGAAACAUGUUGGGCCUUUCUGUAGAAGAUUCUUCCAUCUGGUUUUCUUGGAUCUGGCCAACGUUGAUCCUCUGGUUAAUUAACGGAAUAAUUGUCCUGCUCGUAUUUGCUAAAAUCUUUGUCUAUGGUGAACCCGUUACUAGGUUGCAUUCUGAAUCAUCUGUCCUUUUCUGGAGGCAUCGCAAGCAGGCUGAUCUGGACCUGGCAAGGGGAGAUUUUGCUCAAGCUUCCCAGAAUCUUUGGACCUGUCUGAAGGCACUGGGGCGUCCUCUGCCUACAUCCAACUUGGACUUUGCCUGCAGUCUAAUGUGGAAUGUCAUCCGGCAUAUUCUGCAACGGUUGUGGGUUGGGCGCUGGUUUGCAGCACGAGCUGGAGGCUUCAGGCAGAAAAAGGAGCUGCAAGAUGAUAUGAAGAAGAGCACCCGUGAUGCGGCACUGGUCUAUCACAAGCUACAACAGCUCCACAUGACUGGCAAACUUGGCGGAAGCCGCUUGUCUGCAAUUAACAUGGCUUUGAGUGCCGUAAACCUUGCUGAAUGUGCUGGAGAUGCUAUCUCUGUUGCUACUAUGGCAGAAAUCUAUGUGGCAGCAGCGAUCCGAAUCAAAACCAGCUUACACAAAAGACUCCACUUCAUGACACGCUUCUUCCUCAGCAGUGCCAGACAGAUUUGCCUCUCCCAAAGUGGUACUAUACCGCCUGCAAUGAAAUGGCUUUGCCACCCUCUAGGUCAUAGAUUCUUUGUUGAUGAAGAAUGGACUGUAAAGAACACUCCGAAAGAGAGCAUUUACAGUGUUACUGGAAACUCAGUCGAUCCGUUGGCUCAGGUGACUCAAGCUUUCCGUGAACAUCUGCUGGAGAAAGCAUUAUAUUGCAUUGCCAAACCGGAGAACAGGAAGCCAGUGACAGGAGAGGGCGGUGAAUUCUCAGAUGCUCUUGAAUACUUGCAACUGUUGAAUGGUUGCUCUGAUGCUGCUGCAGUUACCACACAGACUUGUGCUAUUGGCUCCAGUAUGACGACUGUCACAGGCACUGAUCCUGUAGCCAAGUGGUGGGCUUCCAUGAUUGUUGUUGCUAUUAACUGGCUGCAAGGUGAUGAUGAGGCAGCAGAACGACUUUACCCAGUAGUAGAAUACAUGCCGAAGACUCUGCAUUCAGUGGAGAAUCAGUUGCCAAAAGCAGCCCUGUUUACAUUCAGGGGUGUUCGUGCCAUGCUGGUUAAACAGGAGAGUAGCCAGAUGAGCCUCGUGCAUUGUGAGAAAGCCAGUGGAUACCUGAGGGACAGCCUCAACAUGGCAUCUCCCACAAGCAAAAGUAUUCACAAGGCAGUGCAGCUGUUGCUGUGUGAUCUCUUGCUCAUUACCAGAACCAGCAUGUGGCAGCAACAGAUCAACAUGAGUCAGCCUGUGAACUGCAUGCACCAGGCAUCCCCGUUGGAACUGAGAGGCUUUCAACAGGACCUUAGCAGUCUCAGGAAGCUGUCUCAAACAUUCAGACCAGCCCUUCGAAGAGUGUUUCUGCAUGAAGCAACAGCCAGGUUAAUGGCAGGAGCCAGUCCAACCCGUACCCAUCAGCUAUUGGACCGCAGUCUCAGGCGGCGGGUCACAACUCCCAUACCCAAAGCUGGUGAGUCUGACACACACCCAGGCCGGCGGGAACAUGCUGAAGCUCUUCUGUUAGCAUGUCGUUACCUGCCCCCAAGUUUCCUGUCUGCGCCAGACCAGCGUGUAGGCAUGCUCGCAGAGGCAGCCCGCACUUUGGAAAAGAUUGGUGACAAACGGACUCUCCACGAUUGCCAGCAGAUGAUCAUGAAACUGGGUAGUGGCACUACAGUCACCACAAGUUGAAAUGUUUGUUUCGUUUUCAUAUAAGAACGUACCCCACACCCCAGAAUCAUUGUGAUUGUACAUAGCAUACACGAACCCCUCCCCCCAAGAGAAGCAAUGCACUUCUUUUAUUAAAAUGAUGACUUGGUCAAAUAAAAAUCGUAUUUUCAUAGUUUAAAA